UGUCCAAAAAUCAACAUGUCUAGCAAAAAGGCAAAGACGAAGGCCACCAAGAAGCGCCCUCAGCGUGCCACUUCCAAUGUAUUUGCCAUGUUUGAUCAGUCGCAGAUUCAGGAAUUCAAGGAGGCCUUCAACAUGAUCGACCAGAACAGGGAUGGCUUCAUUGACAAAGAGGACUUGCACGAUAUGCUCGCCUCCCUUGGGAAGAAUCCAACGGAUGAAUACCUAGAUGCCAUGAUGAAUGAGGCUCCAGGCCCCAUAAACUUCACAAUGUUCCUGACAAUGUUUGGUGAGAAGUUAAAUGGCACCGAUCCGGAAGACGUCAUCAGGAAUGCUUUUGCGUGCUUUGAUGAAGAAGCAACAGGGUUCAUCCAGGAGGACUACCUGCGGGAGCUGCUGACGACGAUGGGGGACAGGUUCACAGACGAAGAGGUAGAUGAGCUGUACAGAGAGGCGCCCAUCGACAAAAAGGGGAAUUUCAACUACAUUGAAUUCACACGCAUCCUGAAACACGGAGCAAAAGACAAGGAUGACUGAGCAAAUCCCUGGAUACCUGCAUAUAGCUUCUCCCCCCCCCUCAUUAAUUUUACUUCUCAGGAUCUGUUUUUUCUUUGGUUCUUGUUGGGACCUUUUGCUUACAUUUUUAGCAUUCCAGCUUUUUCCUCUGUGGACUCCGGGGCUGCUCGGGCACACCUGCACCUUUGUCACAAGACUGGAAAUGAGCGGGGAGAGAGGACAGCCUACAGGGAGAAGGGUUUAGGGACAAAGAUCCGUGAGUGCGGAGGCCCAGGUAAAAAUGUCAGCGCUACUCAUCCUACAUAGAUUAAUUCUACAUUUUUAAUGGUAACUUUUCAAAUAAAACACCGCUAUAUUAAGUAAAUAAUUAAAAUUUUCAUGCUAGAGGUGGGCUGUUUAUCUAAUCAGUUUGGUAAAUAUUUUUUCAACUGUAUGCAGUCGUGUUGUUACCUAUUUUUGCCUUAAAAAUUAAGCAUGAGUCACUUAAGCAUACUGAUGUUUGUACUUCAGCAACUGAGUAUUUCACUUACUACUGUGAGCAUAUACAAUGAAGAAAUUCCCAUCCUUCAUAUUUUAGUACAUUGUAACUUAAUGAUUUUUGUCCAAGACUUGCACAUUAAACAUUUUAAAUCUUA